AUGAAGUCCUUCACUGCCAUCGCGGCAUGUGCAUUUUUCUUGUUUCAACUCAGCACUUCCAGCGCCAUCCCAACCCUUCACAAACGGGUGAUCUCUCCACCUCUGCCCCAAGAUGACCCUUUCCACAUCACUCCUUCUGGCUACGAGGCCUCAGCACCGGGAACAAUUCUUCGCUCCAGAACCUUGGACGACUUUUCCUUUUCUGGCAGCAUUCCUCUUCAGGUUCAAGCAGCAUACCAGCUCCUGUUCAGAACAACCGACAGCACCGGUAACCCCCAAGCCGCAAUCUCGACGAUCAUAGUGCCGGAGAAUGCGAAUAUGAGCAGAUUGCUCUCGUACCAAACCGCUGAAGAUGCAGCUUGGGAUGGUUGUGCACCUUCGUACACUCUUCGCCUGCACUCUGAUCCAGACAAUGGUGGGUCUUUGGCUGGAGAAUUGCUUCUGAUCAUUGCUGCUUUGAACGAGGGAUACGUGGUCAGUAUUCCUGAUUAUGAGGGUCCUGAAUCGGCAUACAGUUCGGGCAUCCAGGCAGGUCAGGCGACACUUGAUUCCGUUCGUGCUGCUCUUGCGUCCGGCUCCAUCACCAAUGUCUCCUCUGCAGCUGAGUAUCAGAUGUGGGGAUACUCGGGCGGUUCACUGGCAUCCGAGUGGGCGGCAGAGCUCCAACCUACCUAUGCUCCCGAACUACACUUCAUCGGCACCGUACUCGGCGGCUUAAUCCCGAAUGUGCAAAACGUUCUCAACACAAUCAACAAAGGUCUCUUUGCCGGUCUGGCCGCCACAGGAAUCAACGGCCUCGCAAACGGAUAUCCAGAAUUACAGACCUACCUCGAUCAACACUUGAUUCCCAGCACGUCAGCAGCGUUUAAGAAACCGCUUACUCAAUGCCUCGGCGAUGAUACGAGUCAAUUCGUCUUCAAGGACAUCUACAAAUUCUUCGACAAUGGCAAAGAUUUCGUCAAUGCUCCCGUCGUGCAGACUGUGCUGAACGAAACUGGUAUCAUGGGACGACACGGUACGCCUCAAAUGCCGCUGUUUAUUUACAAAGCCGUUGCCGAUGAGGUUUCUCCUGUAGCCGACACAGAUGCACUGGUUAAGCAACUCUGCUCCCAAGGCGCUCGUAUCCAGUACACCAGAGACUUGAUCGGAGAGCAUGUGACGGAGGCCAUCACUGGCUCUGGAGAUGCAUUGAACUUCAUCAAAGCCAGAUUCAAUGGUGUGCCUGCUCCUAACGGUUGCAAGACAAACACAGUUAUAACCGAUCUUGCCGAUGUCGGAGCAGCUGCUGGAUUGGGAAGUGCGUUGGCCGGUGCCUUACUCGCUUUGCUGCAAAUACCCAUUGGAGCUUCCAAGCUUCCUUCAGUGAUUGGAUCAUUCUUUUUGUAG